AUGACGCCCUGCCCGCUGUCAGCAGUCGUGGCGCUCAGCUGCGCCGCGCUCGUCAUCGGCCGCUUUUCCCGCCAGCCUGGCAUCGUGUCGGGCCCCGCCGUCGCUCAGCUGUCGGCGCCCUCUCGCCUGAUCUGCGCCGCCUGCUGCAGCACGCCGGUCGAGUACGUGAGCGAAGAGCUGACGCCCUGCCCGGCCGGCUGGCAGCUGUUCGGCGACAGCUGUUACCUGCGGUCGUCCACGAUGCCGCCUGGAUACUGCAUCACAGGCAGCCGGCCACCUUUCGGCGAGUACAUUGGCAUGCGCACCUGGGACGAGGGCACGUUCAUCGAUAUCGACGGCUCGA